AUGGAGCUCUCUCAAGUGCGCCAGCUCCUUUCCAGGACCGCCCGCCCGCUUUCACUGUCCGUCGUCCACCGCGAGAAGUACACGACUAUCCUGUGUGACGAGCUGUACAGAUUUUCCAGAGGGCUCGUCGGAGAGGAUCGAGCGCACUGGCAGCACCACGUGGACACGUGCACGGAGGCUCACUUGCUGCGCUGCGCAGGCACCGGCACGCUGCUCGGCUUCCAGUUCUGGCGCCGCGACACGUCGGCUGCCGUGCCCAUCAUCUGGGGCGGGAAGCUGCGCUUCUCGCCGGAGAUCCGCCGCCAGGGCGUCCACCUCGCGCUGAACCUGCUCGCGCUCGACGGCAUGCGGCGCCAGCACGCCCAGCACGCGCCCGUUUACCGCGUGUCGCUCUGCAACGUGUUCGGGUUCCAGGCGUUGCGACCUGGCCUGGAGGCGUUCGUCCCUCCGCGGAUGCCCGCUACCGUCGCGGCGGUGGUCAGUGCCGAGCUCAAUCGUUUUGUCGAGGAGAACGGCUUCAAGAUGUGUCGCAGCACAGGUCGUGUCAACGUGGGUCAGGAUGCGUUGCAGUCGCCAGAGGAUCUUCCUGAAUCGUUCUGGGGGCGACCCGAGGUCGCCGAGUUCAGAACGGCUGGGCUGAGCGGAAGCGAGCUAUCGCGCCCUGCAACGCUGAGCCGGCUGAACGAUUGCUUCUUGGUCUGGGAGUGGAGCAAUGCGAACGUUGCAGCGAUGCGCGACAGGUUGUACGCUAAACUGGGGACGGCGUAG